AGCCAAUAUCUGUGUUCGAAACAGUUCAGCGAAGACUUGGUAACAAGGAUCACCUCUGACGUGACGCCCUGAAGUCAAUGCUGAGCCUCAUUGAUCUUGUUUCUUGUUGAAAUAUUAUGUCAUCUAACGGGUCAUCACUAUACUCUUCCAGAUAAUGUCAGACAACCAGUAAAUGACUGAAUUGAGAAAAGGAAAAUACGAAAUCAAAUAACAAUUGACUUGAUUUUCGCUAAUCCGGACCACCAAUGGAGUUGUAUCGACGUUUUGUAUUCAGUAUUCUACAGAUUUGUAUCGAAAAGAUGUGCGUGCUUAGACCCAUUCCAUAUUUGCGACAGCUUGAUUUGAAUUGACUCCAGUGUAAUAUUCAAUUUAAGCAUAUGGUCUUCUAAACAGUAUUGGUAUCUAUAGCUAAAUUGAAUAGACGUCGCUCUUUGACAGAUUUUAUCGGUGUAUUAAAGGUCCAAAAUGUAGGACUAUAAUUUAGUGAUAGGGGUUUAAUGAUAAAAUAGGAUAAUCUUAUUAUCAAAAAAUAAUUAAACGCCAUCAUCUCAUAUUCCAAAUAUCUGUUACAAAGCUGACUGUUUAAGCUGGAUAAUAGUAAUACGGUAACGUCGCCCACUCAGAAUAAGACAUUAGUUCUUUAGCAUACAGUUUAUAUCCGGAAUGGAGAUCGAAAGCCUCCAGUUGUUCUGUCGUGUUUAAUUGAAAUGUUUUAUAUACUGCACACAGAAGAACACAGAGUAGUUGAUUGUGAAAUGUGAUUAGCUUCGGUGACAAGAAACUUGUCAAUAACUUAUAGAAUUUCCGUUAAUUCUAUCGCCUUAAUAGUUUCGCUAAGCAUUGUUGAAAUCUUUAUAUCCGAUAUAUAUUGACACUCGAAUGAAAACACUCAUUUGAUUUGGAAAACACUGUAUUAUUGAAAAUGAUGUCUUUGAUAUAGUCAUACUGAAUAAUUUCCUUUUCUUACAAGGUUUGUGGAUGCCGUUUAUUAUUGAAUGUCGUUUAUGAUUCAUUCGUGAUCAAAUGGAUAUGUGGGUCAUGCUAAUAGAUAAACAUGUUACAUCCCCAGUGUUGAUACUGAACGAAGAAUGUGUUAUAAUGCUGGACGGUCAGGCGCUGGAGAGUUUUUCACGGUAACAAUUAGCAGCCAGAGAUAAAUUCUCGCUGAUUGAGAAAUUUUUCCCAAUUUUUGUCCAUAUCAUAAAGUUAGAAUUUGUUCAAUAUUGAAUCGAAGUAUUUUUUUUGUAUUUUAGUAACUUGCUUAGGAAACAUUGAAACUAAAGACUUUGAAAACACCUCUAAUUAUACGGUUUUCAAUUAAAGUAGACUGUACGGUAAACCGUUAUUCACCAUGAAACCUUUUGAUCUGUGGGUAUCGGUUUCAGAAUCGCUAACCACAGUUGAAGAAUGUGGAAUUGUAGGCUAGAAUCCAAUUAAUUAUCUAGUACGUUAAUUUAAAAAAGUAACUAUAGAUCUUUUAGAGUCGCUUCCCGAAGAACUGCCGUAUUAACGGACUACAUUAUGAAUUGAAUACAACCUAGUUUAUUUUGUAGUCCGCAUUGCUAGACGAUUAAAACGAAAUUAUAUAUUUUGAAAAUGUUAUGGAUUCAGGACUACAAUAAUUGUUUAUCGCUGUGAUUAUUUUAAAAAAAUAAACAACAUGAAGCCCUCAUAUCUGAUAGUGCUUUAUGUGGCCAGUAUCAGUUACAGCCUUGCUAGAGAUUGCCGUUAUUGUGGAAAUGUUAGCUGUGUUUGUAUAAUUGAUGAAAGACACAACAUACACUUAUCAUGGAUCAUUGAAGACACCAUUACUUCCGUUCCACGACUUGCUUCACCUGACAUCAUGGCUAAUGUCACAUCAAUAUUUAUAGCAAACCAAAAUGAUUUUACUCAGUUAACAGAUGACGACUUAAAAGAUUAUAUUAAUCUUGAAAGCAUAGAAAUACAAUCAAGUCGUUUAACCACAAUAUCAAGAGAUGCCUUUUUGAAGAACAAGAAAUUGGAAAGCAUAAAAUUACACAAUAAUCAAUUGAACAGUGUUUCAAGGAAACUGCUUGAUUUACCUUUAAAAAUAUUAGACUUGCAUGGUAAUCCUCUUAAAUGUGGGUGUGGUUUACGAUGGCUACAACUUGUACAGAUAGAGAAACCCUCACCAUUGCAAAAUACAAACAUUACUUGUUUAGAUGUUAAUAAUCAACCCCAGCCUUUGCGGAACGAAAUAUUUCAAAACUGCGAGAAACCUAUUGUGCAUAUAGAGAACAGUAGUUAUACAGUGAAUCAAUCAGAUAGUUUAACUAUAAACUGUUCAUCUGUUGGUUUACCAUCAUCAUCAAUAGUUACCUGGAAUACUACAAACAUUAAAUCAAAAUACAUAAUAUCAACGUCGACUGAUAAUAUUUCAACUUUAACACUGAUAAAUAUUAAACUUGAAGACCAUGGUCGAGAGUUAACGUGUUACGCUGAAAACGAGGUGGCCAAAACCAGCAGUUAUACAACUCUCUUGGUGAACCAUGCCCCAGUGAUAAAAGAGUUCUAUUUAGACAAAGAGGCCUAUAUUAAAUGUCUGAGGUGGAAAAUAAGCGGUUGGCCAGAACCAGAAAGGAAGUGGCUGAGAAAUGGCAUACCUCCAAAACCUUCAAAAAUACAGAAAUUCCACACGGAUUCUUCUGAUUACGGUGUAGUAACAGGACGAGUGACCUUUGAAAUGGAUAGUCCUAAUUUUUAUGGAGAUUAUACGUUAGUGGCAUUCAAUGCCUUUGGAAAAACUAACAAGACAACACAAUACAGAAACCAUGUGAAACCACCGACUGUGACUAGAUAUAAUCCAUUAAAACCAAGAUUUAAAAAUGGAUUGAGGAAGACUCCUGAGAAAUUGUCAGCAAAAUGUGAGAAACCUAUUGUGCAUAUAGAGAACAGUAGUUAUACAGUGAAUCAAUCAGAUAGUUUAACUAUAAACUGUUCAUCUGUUGGUUUACCAUCAUCAUCAAUAGUUACCUGGAAUACUACAAACAUUAAAUCAAAAUACAAAAUAUCAACGUCGACUGAUGAUAUUUCAACUUUAACACUGAUAAAUAUUACACUUGAAGACCAUGGUCGAGAGCUAACUUGUUAUGAUCCAAAAGCAGGAACAAAAUGUAGCAACAGCUCAGUCUUAUUAAUCAAUCAUGUCCCGGACAUAAAACAACUAUAUAUGGACAAAGAUCAAUUUUAUCCCUGCUUGAGAUGGAAAGUUAGCGGCUGGCCAGAACCGCAGACAAAAUGGUUGAGGAAUGGUAAACCUCUAGCCGUGUCCAGAAUGCAGAAUGAUCAUAAAGAAGAUCCGAGAUAUGGUGUGAUUAAGGGUUGUCUUACUUUUGAGAUGGAUAGUCCUAGCUUUCGUGGCGAUUAUACGCUUGAGGCACAUAAUGAAUACGGAACAGCAAAUAAAACAAGCACGUAUCCUGCUGCCAGCCCACAGUUUAACCCCAAUAAUCAUCUUCUUCAAAAUGACGAACGAAAUCCACAAGAAACGAAAAUUGUAGACCAAGAAACACAAAAUGACGUGUUUGGAGAUACCAACAUUAUCUAUUCAGUUUUAGCCGGAGUCAUAAUUACAAUAAUUAUAAUAGUUAUAUGUAUUGUACUGGUCGUCAGACGAUAUCAUGGUAAUAUUUCACGAAAUGCCGAUGCAGAAAGUAGUUCCAGAAAUCAUAGCUUUAAACGAAAUGGCAUCGUACCACGCGAGGCAAUGCCGUUAAAUUCUAUGAUGGUCGAUAAUCCAAAUUACACCAAAAAAUCCGCAUCACGAAGUAGAUCGGGUUCAGCAGCGAUUCGAAAUAUUGGGUUCGAGACCAUUACGUUUUUACGAACUCUUGGGGAAGGAGCGUUUGGUCGAGUAUAUCUCGGGACCUGUUGCAGUCUGAUCAAAGAAGAUGAAGUCAGUAUGGUGGCCAUAAAAAUGCUGAAGAAUGCCUCAAUUGACUCUAUUAAGAAAGAUUUUGAGAGAGAAGCUGAACUUUUAACAAAUUUACAACAUGAGCACAUUGUAAAAUUUUAUGGUGUAUGUCUUGACAAUGAUGAAAUGAUGAUGAUAUUUGAAUACAUGGAAAAUGGAGAUUUGAAUAAUUAUAUUCGAUGCCAUGGUCCAGAUGCUUCUUUUAUUACUGCUGAAACAGUCGGCACCGAAUCAUUGACUGCGGCUCAACUUCUACAUAUAGCUAAUCAGAUAGCCAUUGGUAUGGAGUAUUUAUCCUCACAGCAUUUUGUUCACAGAGAUCUCGCUACACGUAACUGUUUAGUUGGAGAAAAAUUAUUGGUUAAAAUAGGUGAUUUUGGUAUGUCACGUGAUGUUUAUAGUACAGAUUAUUAUAGGGUUGGCGGGACGGCCAUGUUGCCUAUAAGAUGGAUGCCACCUGAAAGUAUGCUAUAUCGGACGUUUACUGUAGAAUCUGACGUCUGGAGUUUUGGUGUUGUAUUAUGGGAAAUAUUUACUUACGGUAAACAACCGUGGUAUGAACUAUCAAAUAUGGAGGUUAUUCAGUACAUAAAGAACGGUCACUUACUGGAGCGUCCACGUGGAUGUCCAGAAGAAGUAUAUAAGGUUAUGUUAUGUUGUUGGAAAAGACAACCCCAUGAACGAAUGACAAUGAGAGAAAUACAUAGACAUUUAGACAGUCUAUGUCUAUCCCAGCCAAAUUAUAUUGACGUCAUAGCUUGAGACAUAAUUUGAUGGUUGUUGACGUAAUCAAGGAAAAGAUAAUCUAAUAUGAACAGCGGCGUCUUUCAACAGACGACUUUCAUGACGAGUGUUUCACAAUGUAUGUGUUUUUGCGAAAACCUGAACACAAAAAUUGGCUGGCAUGUCAUUUCCUUUUAGUCGACUCCCCUUGUCAUUAAUUGUUUAUAAGUCUUUAUUGUCGAAAAAAAAUGUGAAAGUGCCAUAAGACUUUUUGACCGGAUGCGUGUUUGCUAUGAUUAGAUAUAUUGCUUUCCUGGGGAAAUUAUGGUUUACGAUCUUUUAGCUCGGAAACUACAUUUUUUUUUUGCUGAAUGGAAGACGACUUGGUUUGACCAAAGAACGUAAUAUAAGCAGUAUGAAAACGUUUGCUGACUUUUAAGUUAAGACUUGAGAAUCGAAUAAUUAUGUGUUGAUAGAUUUGUAACAGGGAAUCACCCCUUUGAACGAUCUAGUCUCGUGUGGAGACGUUUCCGUUUGGUGGAGGUUUUAAAGCCAUCCCAUUUCUGUCAUCUGCGGUUUUAGACGAAAUAUAAAAAUGUUAUGUAAUUUGACAUGUAUGGGGACAUUAAGAUAUCGUCAAUGUUUGUUUGCAAUAAUGUCUUAAUUGUGGUUGAAACUGCUGGACAAUUGUAACUGUGAAGUGCUAAACUUUUUUAAAUCCAUCUUUCUAUUUUCAAACCAUCUAUUUUCUUUAUGUUUCUCAGAAUGGUGACAUUUCUGCAGGGGUAAAGAUUAAAUUUACCCCGACUUGCCAAAUUAUGAACAUAAGAACGCAAAAUUAGAUGAUAAUUUGCCAUUAAACGUGUAUUUGAUAUGAAUAUUGAUCUGAUAUGUCUCAUUUAUUAAUCCUAAGUUCAUCUCAACACAGCAGCUGGUUAAAAACGUUUGAAUAAAAUAAUUGAGUUUGUAUUUACUGUGGUGUACCAUACACUUACUUUUUAGAUAAUAGCGAAGUUCACUAAUCUAAAGGUGAACUUAUGAUUGAAAGCGUUCGUGAAUUAACUCACUUAGAUUGUAAUUGUCUACAGGAGAGGGGAUGAAUAAUUUAUAUGAAAAUGUCGUCCUAAAGGUUAACAAAGACAAGAUUAUAAUUAAAUCGUCCAAUGCUUAGAAAGACAGCACCGUGUAACGUUAUUUAUUUAUUUAUUGUGUAGUGAUGAGUCGAGGUUAAUCAGUGUAUUAAUACGAAUACACCUACGUGUUGUAUGGUGGCGUACUGCUGCUAGGGCACAAUUAUGAAACUUUGGUCUUCUUAUUUUGAACAGCCUGACGUAAGUAUAUUGCUUAGGUAGUGCUUAUGCUUAUUCAGUUUUGUUCAAAUGCAGUUGAGCUACAGUUUCUAGAAAUGCUGACUUUUACGUACGUACUUGUAAGCCAAAGUAGACAUUGUUGCUUGGACAGAUACCAGUUGCUAAUAUAUUUAUAACCGAACCCAACGGCUGGGUGAUUAAACCCAUGUGGGCUCUUGUGUUUGUUAAUUUCAAUUAUUUUGUAAAUUAUAUUAUAAUCGCCUUUGUUGUGUUUAAAGCUGAAAACUAAACAAUGGUUACGGCCAAGUUUUGAGUCGUAUACUUGCCAACGUGAUUUCCUUUGUAAAUUUUACUUUUUAGAAAUUAAAGUACCGUGAUAAGCUUACGUUUUUUACGCCUCCAGUUCAUCUUAGUGUAUAUUGUCGUCGGCACUGUCGGUUUACCCCCACCCCCGUUAGGCCUUCGACAAUUCUUGUAAACACUGUAAACACUGUACAGAUCAAGGAGUUAAGGGUGAACCCUAGAGAAAUUCAGAGUCGCACAUUGAGUUACUGCCCCUGUCACUGAAACAUUGUAAAUAUACUAUAGGUGAGAAUGUUUGAGAUCUUAUUUUCAAACUUGCUGGAAUUCUUGAGGCAAUCACUAUGAGUAUAAUUAUAUCGAAAUUCAGACUUGUCAACCAGUUUUAUUCGUAGUUAUUGGUUGGCAACGUUAUUUUACCAAAAGUGGCAAUUUACCAGGGCCAGUGGUUAUCGCCGUUGAGUAAAAUCCGAUACUGGACUUCCAAUUAUGGUCUAUAGGUCUAUAUAGAACCUUUUAGUACUAAAAUAUCAAAAUAUUUAAAAUGAUCAGAGUUUAAUUUUAUCUUUACAUCAAAAUUUAUAAAUUGACUAAAUACUAUGAAGGGAAGGAGUACAGACAAAAAUGUACUAAAAAUGCUUUCAGGAAAUUCCUUUCGUUAUCUACAAAAGAGGUAUUAUCUAUAACUUUCUUAUUUUACGAUAUUUUUAUUAAAAUAAUGCGGCAUAUUUCCGGCUUAUACUGGCGAAGAGCUUUAACGGACUUUAUGCUACUUUUAUGGACUUCUAAUGUAAAGAAACAAAACAAUAUUCAUCAUCAAUGUUGAUCCACCAGUUCUUAUGGACGGAGAUUGGAAACCUCUGAUUAUUUAAUUUAUGAAAAACAGCACAUUUACACAAAUUUUUGCUAUAAUUUUCGUUUCCGUUCUCGUACUCUAACUAAUUUCAGUGGUGGUCAUUGAACCCUUUUCUAAGUUGCAUAGAUUGAACUAUUACUACAUUCUAGUAAUGUUGUCGACCCCGUAUCCAUUAUCCCAACAGGACGAGUAGAAAAUCCUAUAUGUAGCCACAAGUCACAUCUACCAAAAUUACAGCAUUUAUGAUAAUUGAUCUACCUCAGGGAAUACAAGUUUACCAUCUCCAAAUAAAUUAUACCAAUCAUUUUGUCCAUUUCCGCUCAUGUUACUUUAACAUAUUUCUGAAAGAUUGCCAAAAAUUCAAAAUCAUUCUUAUCGUGAAUGUUUGGCCAAUUUUGAAAACAAAUUAUGUGUCGAACAUGUUCAUAACGAUUAUCCCAAAUGACAAGCAUAUCAAACUGUGGCAGAGAUCUUACUAAAGAACUUAAAAUAUAUUAAAUAUAAUGUAAGAUGUUAUUUUUCGGAAUAGAAUAGCGUUAACAUUUAAAAGUAAAGAGUAAUCCAUAUGGUACCUCAGACAUUACAAUAUCAAUAACGCCCUCAGUAAUUAAUUGGGCCGUGAGUGUCAUUAUAUCGAAUAUCGGGCCCAUUGAAAUCAAAUUAAGUAUCCCUGUGGCACGUUAUACAAAAUACUGUCGUAAUUUGACAAGUUAUGAUCAAGGCGUACUAAAUCACUCGAAAAGUUUAUUUAGUUUUUAGCGCUUGUCAAGUUAGUAUAUCUAAGGUAGGAAUACACACAGUGCCUAUGUAUGAAAGUCGCUGUUCGUCAAUUGCUUGUUUCGGUUAACAUCUCAUUUUUCACGUCUAAAUCCAUGCUAAAAUUUACUCAAUUUGAUUAUUUAACAUUUAAUCAAGAACACAAACUCAAAUCAAACUAUCAGCGCUAGGUUUUCUCCCAGAUUGGAUUCAGUCUGAUUAAAAAUAGGCGAAUCAAAAGCUUUAAUCGAAAAUCACAGAUGGCGCUGGCUUGUGUUGACUCUAUCCUAUAUAUAUUCUGUCGCAGUUGAUGUCGAAUGUUGUAAAUUGUAAAUUUUCAAUUCAUCAUAUCUUAGUAAAUACUGAAUCAAUUUUGGACUGAUAUUCCUUGGAGAGAAUCAACUUAAACAGUAUUGUAGUUUGUAAAGGAUUAACAAUCCCCCAAAUGACGACCAGAGACUUUAAUAGUAGUAAACAUGUACUUGCCAGUCGUAUGUCGGCCGUCCAAGUAGAUUUACUAUCGAUAACAAUAAAUAAAUAAAUAGAUAAAUACAUACAUAAAUGAUAUGAUUUACUUUUGUUUGCAUUAGAAGAAUAUGAUGUUUUAGAGAUUGUGUUGUGUCAUGUCAUGUGACCAUAUGGGCCUAACGAGCAGCUAUUGUUUAUUAUAUUUGUUGAUUUGUACAGACAUUUAUUGUAAAUAAAAUUGUUCAAGUUUA